AUGUGUCACCGGCUCAUCAACUGCAACAUCACGUCUGUGACACUGAUGAGCCGCAUUGUCUUGCCUGGAAUGGAAGAGAGAAAGCGGGGUCUGAUCAUCAAUGUUGCAUCACUCUCUGCCACAAUUCCUGCCCCUCUGCUGGCUGUGUAUGCUGCCACAAAGGCCUUUGUUGAAAGCAUCAGUGACAGCCUGGCAGCAGAGUAUAGCAGGAAGGGUAUCACCAUCCAGUGUGUCCUGCCAGGCUUUGUUGUCUCCAAGUUGUCCAAGCUGAAGCGGCCUUCACUCAUGAUCCCCACUCCAACAGCAUACGUCCGCUCAACAAUGAAGACCACUGGCGUUGAAAAGAGAACGGCUGGGUACUUCAUGCACAAGCUUCAGAUUUACUUUGCCGAGUGUGCCAAGUUCCUCCUUCCCGGCUCAAUUCUCACAAGCAUCGUCUUCGGCCAGCUGCAAGUGUUCCGUAUCAAGGCUCUGAAGAAAAAGGAACAAGAGGCCAAGGCACAAUAAGCAAGCCAUUUGCCUUUGUAACACACAAAAAGUGAGGUGUUUGAAAUUGAACUAAGAGUAAACUUUUUCUUUAUUUUUCAGUUUGUUGUAAAAAGGUCCUUAAAUAUUGUGAUUGUAAAGAUAUACAGGUAUAUUGGUAUGCUUUCCAACUUUAUGUAUCAAAGAGUAAGGUGCAAGAGUAUCUGUUGUCCUUAAAAUGCUGGUUAGUUGACAGUGUAAAAUUGUUUUACAGUAUUAUAAUUUCAGGAUUAUUAAUGAAUCCAUAUUUGCACAUUCAUGACUUAUUUAUGUAUACAUGGGUGAAAGUGAAUGAGAGAUUAGGUAGGCCUACACAUGUUCCUUUAGUUAGUAUGUUUAUCAGAAUAGGUCGAAAGAUUAUUUUUUACUUGAAAUGUUGCAAUUGCUUUUUGUCAUAUUAUAUACUUCAUUAAUUUUUUAAAUUAUUAAGCUUUUGGUCAGAAUUGUACAUAAUCAGUCCUAUUUGCAAACCACCUUGUCUGUCGUUGCUGUUUCUAAAGAUAGUUUUGAAGGGAAAUCUGUAUAAUUAUGAGCUGUAAAUAUUGAUUAUGAUUUAGAGCUGCACAUAUUCAUUGUGAAAAAUGUGAUUUAAGAUGAGUGCAUAUGAAGAAAUAGGUUGCAUAGACAGGAUAUUUUGUGCCAAGUUAGCAAAUGGUUAUUACGACCAUCUUGGUGCAAGAAAGUGAACUAAAAGAAUGUUAAGGAUAUUGUCUUCAACUCUGAUUCUCAAUUUUUAUAUGAUAAAUUUCAAGAUUCCUCGAUUAUGCAUUUAAUUUUGUGUCACCCUUAUUGUUUUCAUGUCUGUAAUGUUACUUUGUUAAUACUUUCCUAGUGUGUUUGCUUAAUAUUAAGCCUUCAGAUAAUUGCUUGAGCACAGAAUGUAAAGAAAGAAUGUUUGAAAUGGAUGCUUGAGGCACAGUAUGAGGUGAUUCUGUUGCUUAAGCGAAUUGAUUUUUUUAUAUCAUUGUUGAAAAAUGCUCAUUUUAGUAAUAAUGCAGUAAUAUACUUCUAAAUUAAUAGCAUGUACCAAGAAAAUGGUUGCCCUGACUUCCACAGGCAGCUGAUUAAAGUGUCCAAUGAUGA